AUGUCGCUGGCGGCAGGACCUAAGUCGAAGAAGACGACCGGAACAAUCGUGACACCGGUAACUGCUUGGUUGGCUUCAGUAGCUUCAAUAUCAGAUCCUGUAGCUAAGGAUGCAAUAUUUGCGUGGUAUCGAACCGAGUUCGCAGCAGCAAACGCAAUCAUCGAUGUGCUAUGCGGACACUUAAUGAAGCUGGACAACAUUCGUGGAGGAGAAAGACCUACGUAUCAAUCAGUUCUUGAUGCUAUUCAUUGUCGCAGGUUCAAUUGGAUCCCGAUGCUUCAUAUGCAGAAGUAUUUCUCGAUUGCUGAUAUCAAGGUUGAAGUUCAACGAGCUAUGGAAAUGAAGAUGAAUAGCUUAAUGGAUCGUGAAUUCUAUGAUCAGAUGCAAAUCCAGGAAAUGAAUGAUGGAUUAGUUCGUGGGAGGAUCUGUGGUGUUGUUACAGAAGAAGAUAAUCUGGAAAUCAAUGAGGUUACUGAUGGAGAUGAUUCGCUGGAGAGUUCGAUUGAGACUGGAUUCGAUCAAAGCAAGAGUGUGUGUACUGAUCAUGAUGGCUGUGAGGAACGCGGUUCGAAUGUGAAAAUCGCUAAACGAUUCAAAUACAAGGAGCUAGUGAAUGGGCGCAGGGUAAACAUUGUGAGAGGUCUUAAGCUGUAUGAAAACAUUUUUAGCGAGGUAGAACUCUCGGCUUUAAAUGAAUUUGUGUCUAAGCUGCAUAUUGCUGGCCAAAACGGGGAACUCUCGGGUGAGACAUUUAUUUUGUACAAUCAACAUAUCAAGGGGGAGAAGAGGGAACUAAUUCAACUAGGGGUUCCAAUUUUUGAACAAGCUAUUUAUAAAGAUCAAGAGGGUUAUAAGAAAAUUGAGCCAAUUCCUCCAAUUCUUCAAAGUGUUAUUGAUCAUUUAGUUCAAUGGAAUCUGAUUCCAGAUGAAAGAAAACCAAAUAGCUGCAUCAUAAACUUCUAUGAUGAGGGGGAAUAUUCUUCUCCAUUUCUUAAACCUCCACAUGUUGAACAGCCGAUAUCCAUACUGAAUCUCUCUGAAUCAACAAUGACUUUUGGAAGGACUCUUGUCCAUGAUGAUGAUGACUUUGAUGGAAACUUCUACAAGGGUCCACUCAUGGUGUCUCUAAAUGAAGGAUCUCUUUUACUGAUGAGGGGAAAUAGCUGUGAAAUGACUCGACAUGUUACAUGUCCAUCUCCAAACAAGAGGGUAACUUUGUCGUUCUUUCGAGUCCGACCCAAUACCCGUAAAAAUCUAAUCAACUCGUAUGCAGUGGAUGUUAUGAUGGGUCGUUGUUUCCCAAUGGUUUUAAACUCGAACAUCAUUCCAACUCAAAAUGGCACCGGUGUCUACUUGCCAUGGUCUUCUCCAAGAUCCCCAAAACAGCUAAAAACCGGAAAGAAAGCAGCAACCCGACCAACCAAAUCCAAAUAA